AUGCUGUUGCAGCAGGCGAUUGAUAAACGGGCCAGAGAACUACGAGCAAAACGUGAUAUCGAGCUGGCAGGUAAGCUUCGAAGUAUUAGCCGCUCGUUUCAGGAGGAGGACGACGUGCUAGUCCAUAGUCUAUCCUCCAAAGAGCUGACUCCUGAACAACUAAAAGUGCUGAGUCACGAAGCCUGCUUCAAUAACACAGACGCCGAUCUGGUCAACCUCAUGGCAACAGUGAAAUCGAUUCUCAACCAAACAGAGGAAUCCGAUGAAGCAAAACACCUCGUUCGGCAACAGGUAACUGCCUUGGUGAUGGCGCACAAACCACGUGCAAAUAUCACCAGAAAGGAACAGGAUGCCCUCAAGAAACUGAGGGCCGGCACGAGCAUUGUGGUACUGCCAGCAGACAAAGGGCGUUCUUCAGUUGUCUUGGACAAGACCGACUACAUUCACAAGGCUAAAAAACUGCUGGAUGAUCGACAGGCCUACCUCCGAUGUGAUGAUGAGCCGAUGAGGAAGCUGCUGACGUAG